UGAGCGUGAUUUGUGGUUAUUUUAGGUGGAGAUUGAGAAGAAAGAAGAGUAAGCUGCUGGGUUGGGUCUUCAGCUUUUAGCUUUGGGAUUCGUUCCAUAUUCGUCAACAUCAUCGAAAAGAUUGAUCUUCCAAAAGCCGAGUGAAAACAGACACAAACAGGAGAGCGGAAAGUGGAAACCUUUUGUUUACGGAGCCGCUCUCUCUCAGCGCCUAACUACUACUCCUCUACUGAACUUGUUUGUUCUUUGAUCCUUUAGCCUUUGAAGAUCAAAGGACAAGGAGAUUAAAGACAUCGUCACAAUCUCAUCAUAAGAUCUUUCUAUGGCAUUUAAGAUUGUUGUAUACCCAUGAGAAAUUUUAUUCACUUGUAAUAUUGCGAAGAAUUGUGACGUAACCUUUGGGCAUUAUGCAUGUCUGGUCUUGUGGCCAUUGCUGAUAAUGUUGAAAGAGUACUAACUUCUGCAGACAGAACAAAAUCUGUUGAUGCCAUCUCUGAUAGAGACCGCUUGUCUAUAUCAAUCAACGGUGAAACUACCCAUGCUUCCUCUGAAGCUGCUUCCUUUAGAGUUGGGGAGCUCAGUCUUCCCAAUGGGGAAUCAUAUUCUGGGUCGUUGCUCAGCAAUGUACCUGAGGGCCAUGGGAAGUACGUGUGGUCAGAUGGUUGCAUUUAUGAGGGAGAAUGGAGACGGGGGAUGAGGCAUGGAAAUGGAAAAAUUCAAUGGCCUUCUGGAGCUGCUUAUGAGGGUGAAUUUUCAGGUGGUUAUAUGCAUGGUACGGGGACCUAUAUUGGUUCCAAUAAUUUGACCUAUAAGGGAAGAUGGCGGUUGAAUCUCAAACAUGGGUUAGGAUAUCAAGUUUAUUCUAACGGAGAUAUCUUUGAGGGCUCCUGGAUCCAAGGAACACCAGAAGGACCAGGCAAGUAUACCUGGGCUAAUGGGAAUGUUUAUCUUGGGAAUAUGAAAGGAGGUAAAAUGACAGGUAAAGGGACUCUUACAUGGAUAAACGGUGACUCGUUUGAGGGAAGCUGGUUAAAUGGUAUGAUGCAUGGAUUUGGAGUAUAUACAUGGAAUGAUGGUGGUUGCUAUGUUGGAACUUGGACACACGGUCUCAAGGAUGGCAAAGGAUCAUUUUAUCCAAAAGGAAGCCGGUUUCCAGCUGUACAAGAACGAUAUCUCAAUGCUUUAAGAAAACGAGGAUUACUGCCAGAUUUGAGAAAGCAGAACCAUGCACAUAUUCAUCAUGCUUCGUCAGUGGAUAUGGCAAAUGUCAAGAUUGGUGGGAACCAGGGAUCUCAUCGUAAUUCAUCCGAUAAACUAUCCAAGGGAAACUUACUAACUUUAGAGCAGUCUCGCAACAAGAAUGUUUCCCUGGAAAGGCGUUGGAGUCUUGAGGUAUCAAUUGAAAAAGUGAUAGGACAUGAUUCAUCAUUAGAGUUAUCAGAAUCUGCCUUAGAAGGCAUGGAGAAAGAGUUUGAAACCAAUGCAGCGCCAAUCUUGGAACGUGAAUAUAUGCAAGGUGUUCUAAUUAAUGAACUUGUAUUAAAUAAUAACUUUUCAUCAACGUCUAGAAGAGCCAAACGUCGACAAAAGAGACUGGCAAAGGAGGUUAAGAGGCCUGGUGAAACAAUCAUUAAAGGGCACAGGAGUUACGAUUUGAUGCUCAGUUUGCAGCUUGGAAUCAGGUAUACUGUUGGAAAAAUUACACCUGUACAGAGGCGAGAAGUUCGCUCAUCAGAUUUUGGUCCAAGAGCAAGCUUUUGGAUGAAUUUUCCAAAAGAUGGAUCACAGUUAACCCCGCCCCAUCAAUCAGAUGAUUUUAAGUGGAAAGACUACUGCCCAAUGGUCUUCAGGAAUUUGAGGGAGAUGUUCAAGAUAGAUGCUGCUGACUACAUGAUGUCCAUUUGUGGAAAUGAUGCACUUAGGGAACUUUCCUCUCCUGGGAAAAGUGGUAGCAUCUUUUUCUUGUCUCAAGAUGAUCGCUUCAUGAUUAAGACGCUCCGGAAGUCUGAAGUACAGGUACUCCUGAAAAUGCUUCCAGACUAUCACCAUCAUGUGAGGUCGUAUGAAAAUACACUCAUAACAAAAUUUUUUGGUCUUCAUAGGAUCAAACCUUCAAGUGGUCAAAAGUUUCGCUUUGUAGUAAUGGGAAAUAUGUUCUGCACAGAAUUGAGGAUCCACCGAAGAUUCGAUUUGAAAGGUUCAUCACUAGGUCGAUCUACAGACAAAAUUGAAAUUGAUGAAAACACGACACUGAAGGAUUUGGAUCUAAACUAUUGCUUCUAUUUGGAACCUUCAUGGCGUGAAGCUUUAUUAAAGCAGAUUGAGACUGACAGUAAAUUUUUGGAAGCACAACACAUCAUGGAUUACAGCCUUUUGCUGGGUGUGCAUUAUCGAGCCCCCCAACGCCUGCGAUCUCUAAUGUCCUACAAUCGAAGCAUAAGAGCUGAAGGGCUGGGAGUGUUGGCAGAGGACGAUACCAUAGAAGAUGAACACUACCCACAAGGUCUUGUUUUGGUCCCCCGUGGAACAGAUGAUAAUAGUGUUGUUGUGGGUUCUCACAUUAGAGGUAGCCGAUUGCGAGCAUCAUCUGCUGGUGAUGAGGAAGUGGAUCUCCUUCUUCCUGGUACAGCAAGGCUUCAAAUCCAGCUUGGUGUGAACAUGCCUGCAAGGGCAGAGCAGAUUCCAGGGAAAGAGGAAAAACAGACAUUUCACGAAGUAUACGACGUUGUUCUUUAUCUUGGCAUAAUUGAUAUACUUCAGGAGUACAAUAUGAGUAAGAAGAUAGAACAUGCAUACAAAUCUCUUCAGUUCGAUUCCUUGUCCAUCUCCGCUGUGGAUCCUACAUUUUACUCCAGCCGUUUCCUUGAGUUCAUCCAUGGGGUGUUUCCCCCUAAUGCCUUGGCAGGUUAAAAAAAAAAUGAUAAUAAUAAUUUUUAUUUUGAUACAUUCACAACACCUUGUAAGCCUUUUAUGUUAUGAGAUUUCCACGUGCUUGGAUGCUUUAGAACUAUUUUUCAAAUAUCUCAUGAUUUAUUACGAGAAA